AUGACAGUGAUCAUUCCCCAUGCAUUCAUUGCAGCAAGUCUGAGUGUACUGACCUCUGAGGGUUGCCCUUUCUCUCCUAGCCCUGUGGCUGCAUCAUGUCUGCUGGGGACAUCAGCCGACUUUGAGCAAUAUGGAACUGAUGGAGCAGGGAAGCAAAGUGGCAGCUCCCAGUUAGCCAGGAAAAACCAGUGUGUAUCUGGUGUCACUGUGCAACUGGAAAUGAGGAGUCUUUGGGAGGAGUUCAACAGCCUUGGGACUGAGAUGAUUGUCACCAAGGCAGGACGGAGGAUGUUCCCCACCUUCCAGGUGAAGAUAUCAGGCAUGGACCCAUUGGCUGACUAUGUGCUUCUCAUGGAUUUUGUGCCUUUGGAUGACAAGAGAUACCGGUAUGCAUUCCACAGCUCUGCUUGGCUGGUAGCUGGCAAGGCGGAUCCUGCUACACCUGGCCGGGUUCACUUCCAUCCCGACUCCCCUGCCAAGGGAGGCCAGUGGAUGAGGCAAAUUGUCUCUUUUGACAAGCUCAAGCUCACCAACAACUUGAUGGAUGACAAUGGUCAUAUCAUUCUGAACUCCAUGCACAGAUACCAGCCCCGCUUCCAUGUGGUGGUGGUGGAUCCACGUCCAGACAGUGAGCGCUACGCCCAGGAGAAUUUCAAAUCUUUCAUCUUCACAGAGACUCAAUUUAUGGCAGUGACCGCCUAUCAGAACCACCGGAUCACCCAGCUGAAAAUUGCUAGUAACCCCUUUGCUAAAGGCUUCCGGGAGUGUGAGCCGGAUGACUGGCCAGGAUCCUCAGGGACACUACUGGGUUGUUUAUCACGGAAUGGGAGUGCCUCCUCCUUAGCCCAUCUUCAAGAGAUUCCAGAAAAAGGGUUUUCCAGCAAUCACCACCUCCCUCCUGCCCUCCUUAGAGAAGCCUCCCAAUUUCAGCAUCAACCUCUGGUGACAUCGGCCAGCAUCCCAGAUGUGUGUAUUGCACGACGACCCUUGAAUGACACCUCAGGGGCCCUGCCCUACAAGCAUCUCUCCUAUCACAGCUUCUAUGUGGGAGCUCGGUCUGGGGCAGCACCCUAUGCACUGCCCAGCAGCCGGGCCACCAGCUUCCAUACUCUCAACAUUUACACAGCUGGUGGCUAUGAACAAUGA